ACCUCCGCCAAGAGUUUCACGCUGCGUGGAACGAAACUCGUACGUACGCGAUCAGGUCGACCGAGGCCGCCGGCCUUCCUUUGCGUAUCGGGCCCCGCUGCGUGUUUCGCGCCGGUUGACAGGUUCUAUCGUCGCUCGUAGUAAUACCUCGCGACUCGCGACGAACACGAUCACGACGACGACGACGACAAGGACGACGGCGGUAGCGGCGGCGACGGUGGUAGUGGUGGUGACGGCGGCGGCGGCGGCGGCGGCGGCGGCGGAGGCGGCGGCGGUGGUGGUGCGUUAUACGUGUCUUCGUGUGAGCCGGCGGACAGCGCACACAAACACACGCGCGCAUACACGCACUCACCCACACACCUGGCCGUCAGUAGCCGCGCCAAGGUGCGAAAGCGUCCCAGUCCGGUACUUAACGCGGUUCCGCGCGGGAGAUUCGCGAUGCGUUCGCGACGCAGUGUACCGUAAAGAGUUCUCGCGGCUGCGGCGGCAACGGCGGCGCCGGCGACGACGGUAGCGGCAAGAAAACGCGCCAAUCGCGCGUCCGGUGUUCGCGUGGUGCUUUACGCCCGGCGGUUUGUCGCAGAAGAGGAGAGGGAGGCGGAGGACGAGGAGAAGGAGGAGGACGACGUGGAGGAGGAGGAGGAGGAAGUGGUGGCGAGUGAGGGUGGUAACAGUGGGACAGGGAGAGAAGAAGAGAGCGCGGAGAAGCGAAGGGCCCAUCGCUCCGUGAAAUUGGAGCAAUCCGUUCUUCUUAUAGUGACACUUCCUUUCUCUCCUCUCUCGAUCCGGUGUCCCGCGAUCGAGAGAGGGUAGACACUAUCGCGCCCCUACUGCCUCUUCGAGGUCGCCGGAGUUUCCGGUACGACGAGAACGCCGACGAAUGACGAACUCGAAAGGGCCACCACCGGCAGCAGGGCCAGGUAACGAUCCGGCUCGAGGGAAAAUCGGAGUCGUAGGCGGGGCCUAAGGUCGGUGGACACGUGACACGGAAACUGUCACGCCGCCCUAGCCCUCCCUUCGUUUUCCCCCCACCAUUCGACCGAAAUCCAGCGCGACCCACGCUCUCACACCACACACAGCGGACGUGUCUACAGACGACGCCCGUGAUCAACGAGAGACCACUCACGCACGUGUACGUGCGUGUAUGUGUUUCGCAUUUCAAGUCUACGAUAGUUCUACGUGCAAGGUAGAACCACGUAACAUUACGAAUGCUUCACGAGAACACUAUGUGACUCCGAUGAUGAGCACACAACGACGGUGAGCACACGGUGUUGCAACAUUGACAGGAUCCUCGAAAUUCUGCGCUUGGACUAUGCAAUGCAAUUGUCGCAGCAGGAUCGCAGUGCUCGCUUUAUUUUUUACAACUUGAUUUCCCUUCCGACUCGAGCGAGCUCGGAAAUCGCUGAGCUACUUCGAGACAUUUAAUUGCGCAUCCGCUUCCGUCAAUGCUCGUGCACGUUUCCCGUUUCAACUCUUCGCGUGAUUCUAUAGUACUUUACUGAUAAAAAUCGACCGACUCGCUGUGGCCGAAGUGACUUUUGAAUCCAUAAUCGUACCGCACAGUCACCAACUGGUCGCUCCACCGAUGACGCCAUCGUGGUCGCCCGAGGUGCAACGCCGCGGCAUCGACGCGUGAAUUCCCGAGGAUGCAGCAGGCCAGCGUAGGCGGCUGCGACGAGGACUCCGGCGCGGCGAGUCCUCCGGCGACGAGAUCGCCGGCCAAUUUCCCGAUCAAGAGCGAACCCAUCGCGGACAGGAACGACGGCGGGGUGAGGGUUAAGGUCGAGAUGCCCGAGCCAACGGAGGCAGGCUCGGUCGAGGUCAAAGGCGAGCCGCGAGAGGACUACCAGCGGCAGCUGAACAGCAACGACUAUCACUACGAACGCAACGACAAAAAGCCGGCAUACAUCCCGGAUGCUCCUGGACAGUGCCAACAGCCGCACCAAGGAUACCGUCCCGUGGCAUUACCCCCAAAUUCCUUCGGCUUCCCGCCCUUCUACGGCCAUCAUCACCCUGCCAUGAUGCCGACGGCCUUUCCCGCCGGACGUCCGUCACCGGACGGGCCGAUCGGCAAAAUCGGGGACGGUCAUGAGCAGGCGGCCUCUCACGUCGAUCGACACGUGGCCGCCUACGGCAGGAUGCCGCCGCCGAUCCCCAACGACGGCUUCCUGCAGGAGCAUCAUCAUCGUUACGAUGCUGGCGACUUUCAGCACGCCAACCACGGCGUGCCGUAUCCCGGCUUCCGACCUACCAUCUCGCGCUCGCCGUACGGCAAUCAUCAGAAUAACAGCGCCUACAAUCGAAACAGUGGCAGCAGCCACUACCACCCGGCCAGGCAGCGCAAGUGGAGCAACGCUGCGUUUCGCGGACUGCAUUCGCCGAUGCCUUGGCCUACGUGGUUUUUCCGACCGGAUCUGCCGCUCGGCGCGCCACUACCGACGAGUCACGUUCCAAAUUCGAGCAACGUGCCUACGUCGUCGCCUCUGCCGUCCCGGACGCAUCUGGACGUGCCGAAGGGACCGGAGCCACCUUCCAACAGCAACAAAAUCCAUGGACAGACGCCAACGAUAUGCACGUCGAUCCGGUGCACGGUGAACGGCUGCUCCUGCGAGUCCUUCACGCCGGGGAAACGUCACCUGCGCUACUGCGAGAACUGCCACCACGGCUGGGUGCCUCACGCGUUGGCGCGACUGUCAAGUAUCCACCAGCAGCAGCAGCAGCAGCAGCAGCAACAACAGCAGCAGCAACAGCAGCAGCAGCAGCAGGCUCAACAACAGAGGCUCGGUGGUGGUGGUGGUGGAAGUGGUGGUCCUGGUGGCGGGGAUGUCGUCUCCGGCCCUCGUCCCACUGGUAGGGAGGACAAAAGCGUCGUAGGGAGGGUAAAACACUCGGUAUCGGCGACGUCGGCCACGACAACGACGACGACGACGACGACGACGGCAGCGGCAACGACGACGACGGUGCCCGCGGCCGGUAGUGGAGGAGGAGGGGGUGUCGACGGAGGUGGAGGUGGUGGCGGCGUCGGCGGCGGCAACGGCGGCGGCGGCGGCGGCGGCGGCGGUAGUAGUGGUGGUGGUGGUGGUGGUAGUGGCAGUGACAGUGGUAGUAGUGGCGGCGGUAACGCUGGUGGGGAUCGUAACGGAGGCGGUAGUGGUGGUGGUUUCGCCGGUGGUGGUGGCGAAGUCGCGGAGAAGGAGGAGAGGCCACCGGCUUCAGAGACUGUCGAGCCGACGGCCGCGUUUGACGUCGCAUCCCUCGUACUCUACGGCUCGCGCGCACUGCCGAUACGCCUUAAGAUCUUGCUCGAUCAGUUGUUCAACCAGUUGCCCCCCGCGCAAGUGACACGUCUCUUAGCUGCCUUCGGCUGGACCCACGAGGAUUACACGCGAGGAUACAUACUGCAGGACUCGCAGAACGGCCCGGUGCUGGACCGAUGGAGCAUCUGCUCGGCUGAGGAGGAGCCGCUGGUCCUGCAGCAGUUCCUCAGAUUCGCCGAGACGCGUCCGUUCGUGCAGCAGUUGCUGCUGGCCGCCGGAACGCCGGGUACGGAUGCUAUGUCACCAAGCAGACGACCUUCGCCGCCGACGAUGCCACUAGCACACUUGCCACCGCCGUUGCACAUGCUCCACUGCGGCCUACCACCGCCGGGCACCCGGCUGCCACCGCCGUUGCCGCCGCCGCCGCCGCCUCCGCUGCCGCCGGUCUCGCAUCCGUCGAUGUCACCGACGGCGCCGAAGCACUACUCCUCGUCGACGAGCGGCAAUCCCGGCCGAACGAACUCACCACCGCGCACCUUGGACUCGCAUUUGACGGUGUCGCCGUUGAACCGGCUGCAGAGCAUGCAACCGUUCGACUUUCGGAAGCUAGGCACCCUCGGCUUACCGGCGUUCGCGCCGUUACCGCCACCGCCGCCGUCCGCGGAGCAGCUACUGCAGAAUCGGAAGUCCAUGAGAAACCCCCAGAGUCCGCACAGCCCGCCGCACCACUCGUCCGCGACGUCGCAGCUGCAGAGGCCGCACAUGCCAGUCGCGCCGGUCUCCUCGUCGGCGUUGACCUUCGGCCACCCGCUCUCGGUCGCAGUGUCGUCCAGUGCGCUACCGCCGAGCUUCCCGACGCAUUUCCCACCACCUCCGUUGGGCAAGUCGCCCGGCAUCGGCUUAACCGUGCACAGCGCGGACGUGCACAGCGGCGGCGAGAAGAGCAGCGAGUUCGGCUCCGAAGAGGACGAAGACGACGAGGAAAACUCGGACAGCGCGCUGAAUCUCAGUAGACGGGACUCGUUGUCGAAGCACUGCAGUUUAGGCGAGCGGCAUCCGUUGCCGCUGCAAGCGGCGCCGUUGGGCAGGCCACCUGGAAUACCAGGCAGAAAGCCGCAUUCGCCGGGCAAGCGGCCGGGCGGCCAGUGGAGUGCGGCCCAUGCGAACAUGCCACCGAAUCUCGGCACUCCCUUCAUCAACCCCACCACCGGCAAGAAGAGGGUACAGUGCAACGUGUGUCUAAAGACGUUCUGCGACAAGGGCGCGCUCAAGAUCCACUUCAGCGCGGUGCACUUGCGCGAGAUGCACCAAUGCACCGUGAAGGGCUGCAGCAUGAUGUUCAGCUCGCGCAGGUCGCGCAACCGUCACAGCGCCAACCCGAACCCGAAGCUGCACUCGCCGCAUCUACGCCGCAAGAUCUCGCCGCACGACGGCCGCUCGUCUAUGGCGCACGCCCUAGUGUUGCCACCGCAGGUAGGCCUCCCGGUGCCAGCCACCGGACUCAAUCAUCUGCCGUUCGGCUCGUUUCCGUUGCUCACGCCGCCACCGGAUCUUCGUUCGCCGGCCUCGUUGUGCGCGUUGGACUUCAAGCACUUGGAUCUGUCGUCCACUCCCGGCCAGGGCAGACCGUACGACGAGGCGUUGCAGCAGAGGAUGUCGGCGAACGUGAGUCUGUCGACGACCACUGCCUCGACGACGAUACCGGUCGCGGCAUUGUCGACCGCGGCGACCAGCACCACGACUACGCGGGGCUCGUACUCGAGCGGUGGUGGUGCAGCUUUGGGCGCGGUCUCGCCGUCCACCCAAGCGUCGUCAAUGAUACCGGAGGGCGAGGAAGACGAUGACGACGACGACGGUGGGAUCGUCGUGGUCGCGGAGGACGAGACCAGCAAUUUGCCGUCCAGGUUGCCGUUGCGCGCCGGAAACGAUGAUGACGAGCAGCCGGCUGACUUCAGUUUAGCGAAACGACCGAAGCUCUAUUUCGGCGACACCGUUGACGAAGAUCUCGCCAGCAAUCCCGACAGUAACGAGGACAACGACUCGAUGGGCACACUCGAUCAACAGUCCUUCUCCGUGAGCCAACACUCGCUCAACUCGAGUUCCUUCCACAGCCGGGGCGUGCGCAAGAGGAAGUCGCAGCAUCCCACCAGAUGCGCCGUGCCGGCCGAAGUACACUCCUCGUCCACCGACGGCGACUCCUCCAACGACGAGGAGCAGCGGAUUCAACGGCGGUGUCUGUCGGACAGCGUCAGCGCGACGCCGAUGGCGGACUUCCAAAACCAGCCAGAGGACAUGUCGAUGUCCAGGCUCGAGGCAGAGGAGCGAAAGAUGCUACCCGGCUCGCCGAGAAAUCUCAGAGGCGGCUUUCACGAUCGCGAAUCGGACUCGCGCUCCCCGGACGCCGACAGGGAGCGCGAGAUAGCAACCACGGCAACCGGCCGACGCGACACUCUCUCCUCCCAGGACAACGCGGAGGAUCUACCUCAAGACGAGCCGCGAGACUUGAGCUCGAGGGCGAGUAGCGUCAAAUCGCCAAAACGACAGAUCACUCCGGAACCAAAGACCGAGAACGCGCCGUCGUCGACCAGCAUGCCGAACGCGGCAACGACGACGACAGCGGCGGCGGCGGCGGCGGCGGCGGCGGCGGCGGCGGCAACAGCGGCGGCGAAGGAUUCCGACGUCGUCGCGAUUUCGUCGUCGGAACCGAAAGACCGACGGCACAGUUCAGAGAGCGACGGUGAGACGAUGAGGAUGAAGGAAGAGAGGAACGCGAAGAGAGAACCCACCGAAACGAUGGCAUCGUCGACGACAAUGGCUACAACAACAACGACGACGACGACGACGACGACGACGACGACGAUGACGAUGACGACGGAGAAGGAGACAGCGGCGAACGACGAGGAGAACCAGGAGGACGAGGAGGACGACGAUGAUGAACCCAUGGAGGAAGUCGAGGAGGAUGAUGAUGAUGAGGAGGAGGUGGACGACGCGCUGCGCAAUCAGGAAGGUGAGCGUCCCGAUGAUCCCCCCCGUGCCCCGAGCUCGGUCGACAGCCGUCCGACGACAGCCGACGACCUCUCCCACGACUCCUCGACCAACACUUUGCGUCAACUCGAGUCCUUGUCGCAGGGUCGAUGCGCGAUGCCGUACGCCGAGACGCAGCGGGUGGCUUCGAGGUCUGGCCGCGGCUCUACCAGCCCUAUCAGCCUCACGACCCACCAGGAGACCACCAUGGACAACUCCUCACAUGGCUCUCGUUCAUCCAGCGCCUCACCCUCCACAGCGGCCAUGGAUAUGGACAAUAGCCUGAUCACGUACGCGCGCUACGAGAACGGCGGCUUCGUCAGCACCCAGGAGGUGCCGCUAGACCGUGAGAACCCGCGUCGCUGUACCGCCUGCGGCAAGGUCUUUCAGAACCACUUUGGCGUCAAGACGCACUACCAGAAUGUCCAUCUCAAGCUGAUGCACCGUUGCAGCGUGGACGGCUGCAACGCGGCUUUCCCGUCGAAACGCUCCCGCGACCGCCACUCGGCGAAUCUCAAUCUGCACCGGAAGCUCUUGUCGACCUCGUCGAGCCCGCCGCCGCUCUCAUCCACCUUACCGUCGAGUCUGUCACCGCGCAUCGACGACCCGCAGAUGAACCCGUUGCUGCACAAUGAGUUCUUGGCGAGGCUCUACGCGGACGCUGGGAUAGGCGCGUUAGGCGCGUACCCGUUAGCACCUGGCCUACCGUCAGCGGUAGACCUGGCGGCGAGGAUACCGCCGCCGCACCCGUUGUUGCUACCGCCACACCUGGGCGCCACCUUCCCGGGUCUCUCGUCGUUCGCCUCUCACUUAGCCGGCUUGAACGGUUUCGCCCAUCAGCAUCUGAACCAUCUGACGAAACUGACUCAGGAGCAGAGCACCAGGCACCAGGCGUCCAUCUCGGCCUCACCCGUGUCUUCACCAGGCUCGGACGACCGCAAGGUAGAGGAGGCUCGCUGUACCGUACCCGGCUGUGAGCGCGUUUUCGGCUCCAGAGCAGUGCGGGAUGCGCACUCCAGGGACCCACAGGCUCACCGCGACCUGCCGAUUUUGUCCACCAGCAGCGGCUCGUGACCGAUCUCCUCGUUCUGCGGCCGCGGACACGACUAUUAUCCCCUACUGUGAUGCCAAAAUCCUAAACGGCGACUCGGCGCACUCGGGCCGAUGGUCGCCGAUGAUCUCGCAUUUGAUCAGGGUCGGCGAAUCAGCAGGCGCUGCCCUCGUCAACGGGGAGCCUCGCUCUGUUGUCCCGAACUCGAUACGUUUAAAACGGACGUGUGUUAAGAAGAGAAGAACGAGAAGAAACGUGCAAUAUCUCGAGCGGAGUGCGUGCGGAAUGAUCGACCAUCCACGUGACGAUCGACUCUCGAAUUUCGACACGAGGUGGGUUACGUUGGUCGCCCAUGUGAAACGCCCGCCCGUGGAAUAACAAGCCAGUUCCAGUGUGGUAAUAUCAUCCUCGCCUGCCAGUUCAUUCCAUUUCUCGCAUUCAUUCGUCAGGAAUCGCAACCCGCGACUCGUCGGGCUGAUCUAGUCAAUUUGGAAAUCUCGGUUCGCGCUGUCGGCAGCGAAGGCGGAAGGUCGCGCGUUAUAUCGCGUUCGGUUUCAUUUCAUUUGUCUCUUGCGCCAAAUGCGCGUGACUUGAAGGAUCUGAGAGGAGAGGGAAGCGUCCGACUCGAAGCUAAUCGCAAACCGAACACUAUACGACGCGCGACGUAUCCGUGGCAUCAUUACCUUCGUAUCAUCACUACGAGCAAUCUCACAUUGCGACACUGGCUGGCGUAAAAUAAAAUCAGGACCCGACUGGUCGCGACUAAACUGCCCGAUCUCGAAGAUCUCCACGUUCGCAUGACGCGUGAGCGCGAUUCGUUCCCUUUUUUCUCGCGAGCGCGAAAACACGGCGAGCCGAAGUAGAUUCCGUCGUCUCGUCCGGCUAAUUUUUCCCCUCGCUCGUCAAUCGCGACGGCCGCAUGUUGUCUCGCCUUCUGUCUCGUCACCGGGACUAUUCGACAUAAUCAAUCAAGGGGAGGGGGGGUGGAUCAGUCGACGGAGGCAGAGAGAGAGAGAGAGAGAGAGAGGGUGAAGGACGAGCGCUGAGAGAAGAGCGGACCGAGGCGCGACAUAUCCCGGUCCUAGGAAGAACUAAAUUUCAUCAUCGUUGUGAUAACGUACGUAGCGAAUAAACGCCACUAUUUAACCAGUAACCAGUUACUACCGCUGUAUAUAAUAAACACACAUAGUACCUUUCAAUGUAAACGCGUAAUUAUAUCGAGUAAGCUCUCCACCAGCGCGCCCGACGCGCGAUGACGUGUAACGGCGAUUAGUUUUGUAAACGAAAAGAGAGGUGACGGGGCUGGAGAGGAGGAGAUGUGAAGAAGGAGAGGAAAGAGAAAGGAGGAGGAGGGGGGAAGGGCUCUUUCCUCGGUGUAUUAUAGCCGGGCUAAGGAAAGAGCGAUAUGCGUCACGUCGCGCGACGACGGCAGCUAGAAAGAAAUGCAAUCUUAGUUUAAGGGGAGGGGACACCCUCGACAGCUCGGCAAAGGCUGAAGGGAGAGUGACGGUCGGGCGAUCGGUAUAGAUGGACGAACGGCGAACACAAGUGGAUCGACCAGCGAAUCAAAGCGAUGGCGUCUCGCGCUAGAUAAAUGAGAAUAGAUAGAUUUUAUUUAUUGUUUCCUAGGAACCCCCUAUUCUCUACACACGACACACACGUGUACGCACACACAGAGGCGUACGCAUAUGACUCGUACACGACAGACUUCACGCACGCAUACACACGCGCGCGCGCGCGUGCGCACAACACAUCAUACACACAGACAGACACAUCGUACCAGAGCGGCCAGUAGCGGGCACUGCCGCGAGUAACUUCCUCCUUUAGACUUGUAAAAUCGCGUUGUCGUUUUCACGUGGAAUAAAUAAAUUGGCGUCGGAGCCGGGCACUCCCGUGCGAUCGUACGGCUAGGUGAAUCAUGUUUCCGAAACGAGGAUCGGCGAACGUACGGGAGGCAGCGCGAGCUCCUUCCGCGAUUUUGGUUGUACAUAUACUUUAUUUUCGUAUAUCUACGUAUACAUAUAAAUAUAUAUAUAAAUAUAUAAAUAUAAAUAAAAGGAUAAUUUGUCAGCGCGCGCCCCGAUGUCGCGGCGCGCCGGGAUAUUCCUUGGGACAUACGCGCGCGACGUGUGCGCGUACGCGCGAACGCAGAGACGAGGAGACGCGUUUUUCUAUGAGCCUUCGAUCCUACGUUUUGCAUUUCCGCCUACCGCGAGAACAGCGAGCGAAGUUCCCCCUUCUCCCAUUCGCGACACACGACGAACCCACUACUACUACGCAUUAAGGGCGAACGAGAUUUACAAUUGUAAUUAUGUAUAAACCGAAUGCUACGAUGUAUAUUAUAGAUCGAUUAUAAAGAACACUCUCAUCAUUAUGAAAAUAAAAAUAC